AGCUUGCCUAAAAUACAUAUUGCGUGUUGAAGCCUAAAUAAAAUGGGUCGGGCAAUAAUUUGGAUGUGGUUAAUUAAUAUUUUUUUAUAUCAGGAGGCGACCACUCAAGUUGUUGGUGUGUGGAUAAAAUGUGUCUCAUACGAUCCGCUAUUUGGAGUAUUUGAGACAUGCAACGCUUCGACAUCUGACUUGUCCAUCUAUAUAAAAUGGCUGAAGUUACCAGUUACCAGUUUGAAAGGGGAUGUUCUAUUAACAUACCAGAGUGCCUUUAAGCCUGUUAGUCUUAUUAACGCCACUUGGGAUAUAUGUAAAUUGUUCAAAAAUCCAGGAAGGCACUACGCCUUUCACCGCAUGUACUCAAAUAUUCGUAGUUUCGUUAAUAUAAACCACUCAUGUCCAUACAAUCAUGACUUGAUUAUAUCUAGUUUACGCGCAGAACGAACGAUUUUGCCAUUCCCUGUGUUCCCUGGAAAAUACAAUGUAACGGUUGUAAUCAAUGCCAAUGGUGAAAAACGGGUUAACGUUAAAGCUGGCAUUACUCUUUUUUGGAAGAAAUAGCUAAAAAAAAGAGCGAUAAAGUUUAUACAAAAAAAAUUUAAAAAAAUAAAAUAACAUUGCAUCAUAAGGUCUGUUCGCGUGCUUUUCCAGUAAAAAUUUGCAGAAGAGUUAGAGCCAUUUUACUCUGUUUAAAAAAUUUGCAAGCAAAAGUACG